AAGCCCUGUUGUGCCUCGGGUUUUGGGAGUUGGGGUCCCAGGGAAGUAGCAAGGGGCAGAGAUCGCCCCAGCCCCAUCGCCCCAAGACACCUCAGCGGUGAUAGGCUGGGCGGAAGCUUCGAAGGACAAGACCCCCACCCACCUCUGCUAAAAACCCAUUCCUCCCCCUCUGCCUCAGUUUCCCUCUAGGGGAAAGGAUGUAGUUAGUCGCGACCAGGGAACCGGUGGUCGGGGAUCCACGAUGCCGAGCUAUGACCGUUCCUGUGGCUGUAGCCGCGGCCCCAACGUGGAAGAUGGCAAGUGGUAUGGGGUCCGCUCUUAUCUGCACCUCUUCUAUGAGGACUGUGCAAAUACCACCCUCAGCGAUGACCCUGAGGGGCCUCCCAUCCUGUGCCCCCGCCGUCCCUGGCCCUCACUAUGCUGGAAGAUCAGCUUGUCCUCAGGGACCCUGCUUCUGCUGCUGGGCGUGGCAGCCCUGACCACUGGCUAUGCAGUGCCCCCCAAGCUGGAGGGCAUCGGAGAGGGCGAGUUCCUGGUGUUGGAUCAGCGGGCAGCCGACUACAACCAGGCCCUGGGCACCUGCCGCCUGGCAGGCACAGCACUCUGUGUGGCAGGCGGGGUCUUGCUGGCCAUCUGCCUGUUCUGGGCCAUGACUGGCUGGCUGAGUCAGGACACCAAGGCAGAACCCUUGGACACCGAAGCUGACGGUCCCGUGGAGGUCUUCGGGGAUGAGUCAGAGCAGCAGCUGUCCCCCAUCUUCCGCGACGUCAGUGGCCAGUCUUGGUUCUCACCACCCACCAGCCCCUUUGGGCAAUCUUCUGUGCAGACCAUCCAGCCCAAGCGGGACUCUUGAGCCGUCCACAUGGCCAGAGGAGGCACCAGACCUGGAGUCUGGACGCUUCCUCCUCCCCACCACACCCCACCCUCCCAUUGUCUCCUUCACUUCUCCCUUUCAACAGGGACCUUCUAUCUAAGCCCCAGAAGGCUCAACUCUGGGUCAGAAAGUCUGGAGCUCACAUCCGCGUGCUCAUUUCCAGGGGGUAGUGCCUCAACUCAUCCAAGUUGCCAACCUUCCCCAAGUCCACCCAACACUUCUCACCCACCCCUCCUUCCCCAGAUCCAGGGACAGAAACCAUCUCCCUCAACCCGUCCCCACUCUUUCCUCUGUGGGACCGUGGCCAAGCCCCUCACCCUUUCAGACCACCAGUUUCUGCCUCUGCACUAUACGAGGUUUGGGCCAGAUUCUCGAGUUCCAUGACUUUUCGAUUCUCCCUAGCAUGUGCCACACUCUAUAGGCAAAGAUGAAGGCAGUGAGGCAAUAGGGGCAUUCUCAUCCACUGACCCCGCCCUCUGUCAGCUGCACCAAGAUGCAUCAGAAUGGGUCAGAUACUCAAUGGACUUCCUGUCCAGGAUGGUAUGGAAACAUUUACCCUCUAGAGUAUGUUUUCUACAUGCAUUUUGGCAUCAGAGCCCCUCCGUCCACCCCAUCCCGGGCUAUUACAAGCCCCAGGGUACAGAUGAGGUUGCUGAAGGAGGCUGGCAGUCUGCGGGACCCCUGACCCACAUCCUCAGACUCCUCCUGGGCCAGCUCUUGUUCUACAGCUGGAGUAGGGUCCCUGCACCUUCCUGGCUUCCAGGGGACUUCCAGGGGUUGGGGACAGGCUGGGCCCAGAGAUAUUAGCUGGAGGCCUGAUGGUCCCAGGUGGCUCGGCUCAGAAAAUACUUUGGACAUGCAUUUAAAUGGUCUCUAAGAGCCAAGGGGCAGGAGAACUGAGAUGUCUUUGUCAAAGUCCCCCACCUAGAAACCAUUGCCCAUAGGUAACGCAUCAUCUCCGUCUCUGCCACUAGGGGGAGCUCCAAGACAGCUGGAGAGAGAAGCUUA